UUACACACACCUAUUACUCAUUUUCAAUUUCAGUACCAGAAAGCAACUCAAAUGGCCGAGCGGUAUGAUCGCGCAGUGACCAUUUACUCGCCCGAUGGUCACCUCCUGCAGGUGGAGUAUGCCCAGGAGGCUGUGCGAAGAGGAUCCACUGUGUUGGGUCUGCGCACCAACAACGCCAUAGUACUGGGCGUGGAGAAGAGGUCCGUGAGCGAUUUGCAGGAGGAGCGAAUGGUGCGCAAGAUUUGCAUGCUCGACGACCAUGUGGUGAUGACCUUCUCCGGGCUGACGGCAGAUGCUCGUAUCCUGGUAAGCCGCGCCCAGAUGGAGUCCCAGAGUCACCGCUUGAAUUUUGAGAAGCCCGUGACCGUGGAGUAUAUAACACGAUUCAUAGCCCAGCUAAAGCAGAACUACACGCAGAGCAAUGGAAGGCGUCCGUUCGGGCUGUCCUGUUUGGUGGGCGGCUUCAACGAGGACGGCACUCCGCACCUGUUCCAAACAGAGCCCUCGGGCAUCUACUACGAGUGGAGGGCAAACAGCACCGGCCGGUCGGGCCAGCCAGUGCGGGACUAUAUGGAGAAGCACUCGGACGAGAUUCUGGCCUCCGCCGACGAGCCUACGGCCAUCAAGCACAUUGUACGCACCCUGGUGAGCGUGUCCUCACUGACCCACAACCAGAUGGACGUGGCGGUGCUCAAGUACAAGCAGCCCCUGCGUAUGAUUGAUCACAAGGUGCUGGCCGAUCUGGUGCGCACGGUUCGCUCCGAGUUGGAGGCUGAGGCGGAGGCCAGUCGGCGGCCCCGAGUUUCCUGAGUCUGGACAUGGCCCCGGGCCAGAUUGUUCGCACUUUCAUGACCAAUCAAAAGUUGAUAACCAGUCCUCGCGCUGCGUCUCCUCUUUUUUUUCGGCAAUUCAAUUUCGGCCUGGAGUGGGGGAAAAGUAAUCAGCAGGAAAAAUGUGUAAAGCGGGCAAAUCACUUAAUUUGUCUCGAGGGCGUAUUUGCUUACUUUAUCACUCCGGCGGAGGCGCGUCCGCUCUUCUCCGGCCAACCAAGUUAAAAAGUUUUAAGUGAAAAUGGGAAUUGAAUUUUUGGGAAAAAUAAGAGAAGAGCGCGCACACAUGCAGAAAAUAUUUGUCAUGGUUUGAUUCAAUUCCUUUGAUUUCGGCCUAAAGUCAUAUCUAUUGAUGAUUUUCCUAAAUAAUAUAUAUUUUACCUGAUUACCCAAUCUAAA